AUGGCGACAUGGACCUCGCUGACAGGCUUUCUCUUCUACAAUGUGCUGCCGACCAUCAUGAUGAAUUGGAUGACUUUUUUGAUCAUUGCAAUCUUGCUGGUGGUCUUUGCCCUCUUCAAAGAACGGAUCUUGUUGGGUUUAGCCGGAGAUCGCAAAUUUCAUGGCGAUGUACUUAGCUGUAUGAAGGGUGCUUUGGGUGUUGCCUGUUGUAGCUGCGGAUGGAAGACGUGGUGUGCACCCUGCUUGGGCUGUUGUCAUUGCCUGGAACUGCCCUUCUCUCACGCUGGCUGCUGCCGUUGUGGCGGUGCAGCCACCUGUCAAGAAGCUGUGCUGAACUUUCAAGACGCAGUGCAGAAGGUCUUGGGUCUCUCCCCCAGAACUUUGAUAAUCUCCAAAGUCGUUGUUGGAGAUUUGCCGCUGGAGGAGGAUGGCGACUUUUAUUUCAGCAUUGACUGCGGAGUCAGCCCUGAGCAAAGGUCAUCUGUAGAAGAAUCAGAUGGCUACGCGGUUCAAUUUGCAGACAACAUGCUGUGCAAGGUGCGGGAUAGUCACUUUGAGCAGCCGGUCAACAUCUCGAUUUGGCGCUUGCACUUCAUGGCCCCAACCAAGCUUUGCGAGGUGUUCCUGACCCCUCGAGUCCUUUUCAAGCUAUUACGCCAAACAGAGACUUGGAGAAUCGCCAUGCACGUGUGUGACACUUCAGCGCCACAUGCCCAUCCCUGGAUUUGCUUCGAGCUGCAAGAACAUAAUGGUACAUAUAUCCAAAAUCAGUACCUGACAUUGCCCGGCUCAAGAGCUUCCGAAAGCAGCAUCACUGCUCCUUUGACGUGUGGGGUUAGCUGUCGAAGUGCUUCCAUUCAAAACUUGACCGAGAGGCAUGCGAGUUUCCACGAAUUCAAAAUGCAGCGGGAAAAUUUAUAUGACCAGAACAUGAAGAAGAUCAUCAAAACAGACAAUAUAGACCGUGAAGACGACCCGGAAGCUCACCGAGUCGCCAAUGGUCGAUGGAUGAAGCGCGCAUGUCUUGGUGCUUUCUUCCUUCUGGUCUUUAUUAUGAUUCCCCGCUUCUACAUCAUGUCUUGCUAUCAGCAAUAUCAAUGGAUGACAGUGGCUGAAUCAAUGGACAAAGCCUCAAUUGAGGACUCGACCCCUUGGGGCAAAAAAAUCACAACCCUCCGGGGCAGUGAUGCCUUGUGGACCACUGCUGAACUUCACGGCCUGUGGACCGCGUGCUCAAAAGACACCUUAGGCUUGGACGACGACACUCUGCAGGAGUCACAUGAAAUUUUGCAGUAUUGCAGACCAAGCGAAAAGGCAGUAGCAGACACUUGCUUGGAUGACAAAUCCUUACAGCCAAAAGCUAGAGCCAUGAAGGACAUCAUCGACCUUUUAGAAUCCAAUGGGGGGGUUGGCCGAGCCGUUGUUCAUCAACUGCGGUCCAUGGAUGAUGCAAUCCACUCAAGCUUUCCAAAGUCAACCCCGCAGUAUUUGUUCACGGGUGGCUUUGAAUGUCCAUGCUCAAUCGUCGAAUUCAGGGACAUGAAGGUGCUUGGGCUGAUACCUCUCCACGUGAUCGUUGACUGCGUGAUUUGGUCUUUGGCUAUCGCUAUUCUCGUUCUGAGAUGUUGGUGCAUGCCGCACCGACUAUGUGGGAUAAGAGGUCUACCCUCAGUGUGA